UGCAGGUUGAACAACAAAUGUUCAGUUUGAAAAAUCUCACACACAAAUCUUUUCUUGACCGUUUGCCACAAUAAAAAGUAUAUAAACACAGUUUUGAUCUUGACCAACCAUAAUGUACAAAACAGAAUGGCGCCAUUAACGGUCUCCUCAAGAUUACUGUUCUUCCUUUCUCCCAUUCUGUUCCUCAUCAGCACUCAAUCCCUUGCCCAGCCGCCUGAUUUUCGAAGCUAUAGCUGUUUCAACGAAAAAGGCAACUACACCACCAACAGUACCUACCAGACAAACCUCAACACCCUUCUCUCUUCUCUUUCUUCCCCCUCCAACAACGGCAAUGGCUACGGCUUCUACAACUCAUCCUACGGAGAAAACGCCGAUGAGGUUCACGCAAUUGCGCUAUGUCGAGGAGAUGUCAUGGGGGACACUUGCCGUGGCUGCCUCAGCAACUCCACACAAAAGCUCACACAGCUCUGUCCCAAUCAGAAGGAAGCUUUCGGGUUCUACGACGAGUGCAUGCUUCGAUAUGCAAACCGCUCCGUCUACGGCGCCAUGGAAGCUGCUCCUGCUUUUUGGCUGUGGAACCCACAGAACGUGUCCUCCUCCGACGUCGACGGGUUUUUUCAAGAGCUGAGGAGGCUACUGGAGGACCUAAGUGGUCAAGCUGCGGCGAACGGUUCGCUUCGAAAGUUUGCGGUAGGGACCGCAACAGCCCCCAAUUUCCAAACAAUAUAUGGACUUGCGCAGUGCACGCCGGAUUUGGCCGAGCAGGCCUGCAGUGAUUGUUUGGUUGGUGCUUUGGAAGAUAUCCCAAAAUGUUGUGAGGGGAAGCAAGGUGGUAGAGUUGUUAAUCCCAGCUGUAAUGUUAGGUAUGAGAUCUCUCGCUUCUAUGACCCUACAACUGUGCCACCAUUGCCGUCGUCGUCAACCAGUACAGGAGGAUCGAAGAGUAACAGAUCUCGGACUGUCAUCAUUAUUGUUGUGCCAAUUGUUGUUUCUGUGGCACUAAUAGUUAUAUUCUUCUGCAUUUGUUUAAGAGUAAAGAGGACAGAGAAAAAACUUGAAACUAGGAAGUUACUUCCAGGCGGCGAUGAUACAGAUGAAAUUGGAUCUGCAGAAUCCCUGCAAUUUGACUUUGCCACCAUUAGAGUUUCUACAGAUGACUUUUCUGAAGCAAAUAAACUUGGACAGGGAGGAUUUGGAUCUGUUUACAGGGGUAGGCUACUCAAUGGAAAAGAUAUAGCUGUAAAAAGGCUUUCUGCGAAUUCUGGGCAAGGAGAUUUAGAAUUCAAAAAUGAGGUCUUGUUAGUGGCUAAACUUCAACACCGGAAUUUAGUUAGACUCUUAGGUUUCUGCUUAGAAGGAAGUGAAAGGCUUCUUGUCUAUGAAUUUGUCCCUAAUGCAAGUCUCGAUCACAUCAUAUUUGACCCAACAAAGCGUGCACAACUAGAUUGGGUGAGGCGCUACAAAAUCAUAGUAGGCACUGCUCGAGGCCUCCUUUACCUCCACAAAGACUCUCGCCUUAGAAUUAUUCAUCGUGAUCUCAAAGCUAGUAACAUCUUGAUAGAUGCAGAAAUGAACCCCAAAAUUUCAGAUUUUGGCAUGGCAAAGUUGUUCGUGCUUGAUCAAACGCAAGGCAAUACUAGUCGAAUUGUCGGGACCUAG